CGGCCCCCGCACCGGUCAUCCGAAGCGGUGGCGGCGCAAACCCCUCACGCAUCGCCUCCUCUACACCCUUGCCUCCGCUACUUGCGCAUCUCUCACCAACUCUUACCCUCUUGCCAACACCUAUCUCCUACCUACCUCAAAUCAUCGACCACCAUGUCCCCCCGCCCGCGCCGCAAGUCCCUCGACUCUUCCUCCGAUUCCUCUUCAGACUCGGACGGCAGUGGGAAGGGCUAUGGGUACAAGAAGGAGCACAAGCACAAGGACAAGUCGCACAAGGAUAAGAAGGACAAGAAGGACAAGCACGACAAGGAGAAGAAGGAUAAGCAUGGCGCGCCCGGGUAUGGCGCUCACAGCGCUCUCGCUGGUGCCCAUGGAGGCUACGAUGGACACACCGACAAGAGCGCGUACGGUGCCACGGCUACCUACGGCGGCCCCGCCAGCUAUGGCGCCCACCAGGCCCCUGCCCACCCGAACCAGCUGCGCUCAUCCGCCCACGCGAACCCCGUCAACUUCCCGCCCGCCAACGCGCCCGGGUACCCCUCGAGUGGUCACCAGUCGCCCCCCUCGAGUGGUUUCCAGUCGGACGCCCACAGCCAGCAAGGCUUCCAAUCGCCGCCCGCUUUUCCAUCCACGGGCAACAUCCCUCAAUUCCCCGCUGCCGACGCGCUCGGAUUUCCUUCUCACACGCCGUCCUUCCCUCAAGCCCCCGGCUUCCCGUCCUCCGACCACAAGUCCGGCCCCGGCUUCCCCUCAACCAACCUAGCCUCACAUAACACCAGUUCAACUAUGACCUCCCCACCCCCCUCCUACACCGCCCGCCCGCCGCCCUCGGGCUAUCGGAUCCCUUUGUCGACCACGCAGCCGUUCCCGGCACGGUUGGAGGAUCUGAGGGCCGGCACCCACCCCCCCACCCUCGGCACCCCCGUCUGCUUUGACGUGGACGGCUCGCCGGUCUAUAUCGGCAGCGCGCUGUUCGACGAUAGCGUGCACCCGUGCAAGGUGGGGGCGCAUUUGCAGACGUACGCCGCCGUCGCCUACGGCGGGGGCGAGCUCAGCCACAACGGGCGGUACGACCUCCUGCCGUACCUCCCUGAUCAGAUGGAGUGGGUGCCCGCGCGGGACGGGAAGCUGCCGGAGGGGAGGAGGGUCGUGGAGGGCGGCUACGAAGCCUCCGGCGCGAAGCUCUACCACGCGCUCGGGGUCGUGAACGGCGUGAAGGUGCCGGGGAAGACGGGGGAGCAUCUCGGCGGCGCGAACCUGCCCUUCGGCGGGCAGGAGCACGUGGUGCGGGAGUAUGAGGUGCUGUGCUGGCGGUAGAGGGAUGGUGGGAGGGGUGGUGAGAGGAAGGGAGAGGGGGGGAGGGGGAGGGAGAGGGGUGAGGAGGGAGCGCGCACCCCUCGCAUGCGCCUGUCGGCGAAGGGGGGUGGGCGUGGAGGAGGGGGUGGUAGGCGGGAAAGCGCCUGACGGCGAAGGGAGCGAAUGAGAGCGGUGGACGGGUGGAGGGAGCGAAAUAUACGACCAACGGACUCGAGGCAUACGACCAACGGACUCGAGUCCCGAAGAUAUGUAGUGUAUGAGUAUCGCGCGAAAGUGUAUGAGUAUUGCGUGUAUGUGUGUUUGUGGAAUUGAGAGAUUUGGCUUA